AGAAAAGCAACGUGGCGGAAGUAGUAAAAAUAGUUGUUGUGUUGUGAUAGUGUGUGAAGUGUGAAGAUAAAUUCUUGUCGUCAUCGCGGCCAUUUAUGCUACAAUAAAUGCAACGUUCGCGACCGCGCUGAUCAAGGUUCUGUGGAGGUGGUUAAAGCUCCAUAUGACAACCUUAGUGUCGCACAGAUAUCGGCGCUGCUUCCUUCAUACAGAGCCGCUGUGUGUCGCUGCUGCCCCUGUUAGCCUGCGGAUGCUAACUCCACGAUUGACGGCGAACCACUAAGUCCCGCUUGGCUUUUUACCCUUUUGUUUUGUUUGUCCACCAUUUCCCACCGUGCAGUGAGUUAUGUGGAGGAUAACAUUACAGGUGUUCACUGUUUCCCUCGUGGCCUGGCUUUUCGGAAGCUUUGUUUUGGGCUGGUUUCAACACCACGACGACAAACCGCCGCCACAGCGGAGCGGAGCCUCUGAAUCGGGGAAGUCGGAGCAGAGCUGCCUCUGCCAUCUCACCGGCGUCCUGGACGACUGCUUCUGUGAUGUGGAGAGCAUCGACGUCUUUAACAACUUCAAAAUUUACCCUCGCAUCAAGAAGCUGACGGAGAGGGACUACUUCAGGUACUACAAGGUGAACUUGAAGCGUCCAUGUCCUUUCUGGCCUGAUGAUGGACACUGCUCCAUCAAAGACUGUCAUGUAGAAGCCUGUCCUGAGAGUAAAAUCCCAUUUGGCAUCAAGUCCGGGAACUACAACAAGUACUCACAGGCUGCGAACACGAUGACGGACGUGUCGGAGUGUGAGCAGGCGAAGGAGCUCGGAGCCAUCAACAGCACGCUGAGUAACCAGAGUAAAGAGGCCUUUGCUGAUUGGGCAAGACACGACGAUGCUCAGGAUCAUUUCUGUGAACUCGACGAUGAAACCUCUCCAGAUGCUGAGUACGUGGAUCUGCUGCCGAACCCAGAACGCUUCACUGGAUACAAGGGUCCUUCAGCCUGGAGGGUCUGGAACAGCAUCUAUGAGGAGAACUGUUUCAAGCCCAGAUCUGUGUACAGACCUCUGAACCCUCUUGCUCCGAGCCGAGGAGAUGAUGAUGGAGAAGGUUUUUACCAGUGGUUGGAAGGUUUGUGUUUAGAGAAGAGAGUUUUUUACCGCCUCAUCUCCGGCCUCCACAGCAGCAUCAACAUCCACCUGUGUGCCCAGUACCUGCACGACGAGGGCUGGGGACGCUCAGUGUGGGGACCAAACGUGCAGGAGUUCAGGCAUCGAUUUGACGACGCCGAAACCAAGGGCGAAGGCACGCGGAGACUUAAGAACCUCUACUUCCUGUACCUGAUUGAGCUGCGUGCGCUCUACAAGGUAUCGCCGUACUUUGAGCGUGCAUUUGUCAACCUGUACACCGGAAACUCUCAGGAGGACGGAGCCACCAAAGAGCUGCUACUGCAGAUCUUCAAUGAGAUCAAAACUUUCCCCAUGCACUUUGAUGAGAAGUCCAUGUUCGCUGGAGGCAAAAUAGAGGCUAAAAUUCUGAAGGAGGAAUUCCGUCUGCACUUUAAAAACAUCUCCAGGAUUAUGGACUGUGUUGGCUGUAGUAAAUGUCGACUGUGGGGGAAACUUCAGACCCAGGGUCUUGGCACAGCUCUGAAGAUUCUCUUUUCUGAAAAAGAGAUCAAGAACCUUCCAGAACACAGUCCGUCCAAAGGCUUCCAGCUCACUCGACAGGAAAUCGUGGCGCUUAUAAACGGCUUCAGCAGGUUGUCCACCAGCAUAAACUAUCUCCACAACUUCCGCAUGCUGCUACAGGAGAACAGGUAACAGCAGUUGGUUCUUCUUUAGGCCAGUAGGUUGCGCCAGCAAACCCAUGGAUAUCUGCAAUAAAUAGACCAAGUGUGAGCAGGGACUAGGUUUUGGUGUUUUGUUUUGGUGUUUUGUUUUUGUUUUGUUUUUUUCCAACCAAUGGAAGCAGAAUUCCCCACGUUUUCAUUCACCUUGAAAGUUCAUCAUGAACAUCAGCUCGUCCUGUUCUCUUCAUGAUUGGACAUUUGAGAGGAAAUGUUGACAAACACAAAUCUUCAACUCACUCUUUAGUCCAAACUCCUCAGGAGGAAGUGAUGUCAACGCUCUCUCUUCCUCUGCUGACCCCCCCCCCCCCCCCCCCCGUUACCGCUUCCUGUCAGAUUCUUUUGAUGCCCUGACAUUCCUGAGUGUUUUGUACCAAGGUGGAAAAGACCUUUUGAUCUUUCCAGAUGAUUCUCAGAUGAAAGUCUGUUUGAAGUUGUCGCUGCCUUAUUUUUUUUUGUCUGUUCAAAAAGUCGUGUUUAAGAAUCGGAACCAGUCUGCCUGUAUUCUCUGCCUAACUCAUGUCAGUGUGUGUGUGUGUGUGUGUGUUUGUGUGGAGGUGGCACUGAACGGAGUGAAAAUCACAUUGUUACAGCCACAAAUGGGCGUGCCGUCCAGGUAGUUUAGAAGAAACAUUAUGAUUCAGGUUUUAUGGGUCGUUUUCAUUGGAAUUCACUGCAGACAAAGAAAAGAGAAAAGAGUGUUGACGCUGCCUAAUCUGACUGUAGUAUUUAUUGUGGGGUGAAUUCCUAUAAAUACACUGGUCAGAACUACAUAUGACCAAGUGUUUGAAAAAAUGUUGUUCUACAACAGUCAGAAAGUGUUAAAAAAAAAAGAGCAAAUUCUGA